AUGUCCGGCAUCUGGAACCUUGGUAUCUGGCUGUACUCGUUCUUCUUCAUAUGGAAGUCUGUGCAGUAUUUCAUCGAAAUUCGGCGGCUCGUCUACGUUCGUGACUUUUACGUGCACCUCCUCGAGAUUCCCGACCAAGACAUGCAGACAGUCUCCUGGCAAGACAUUGUUGCUCGAAUCAUGACGCUGCGGGACCAGAAUCCAAAGACAUCAACCAACAUGCCACAGAAUCUCCGGCGCUUCAUAGGCAGCCAGUCCAAGGAGAGGCUAGAUGCCCACGACAUUGCAAACAGACUGAUGCGCAAGGAAAACUAUCUCAUUGCCAUGAUCAAUAAAGACGUACUAAACCUUUCCCUUCCUCUACCUUUUAUGCGCGGAAGGCAGUUGUUCUCCAAAACAAUGGAAUGGUAUUUGCACUAUGGCAUCCUCGACAUGGCAUUUAACGAGCGCGGACAGGUGCGGCAAGACUUCUUACGUGCAGAUCGAAGAGGCGUGCUCAGCCAAAAGCUGAAGCAGCGACUAUACUUUGCUGGCGCUCUGAAUCUCAUUUUCGCCCCGGUGGUGCUAGCGUACGUAAUAAUUGUGUACUUUUUCACGUAUUACAAUGAAUACCAGAAAGAUCCAAAGUUGGCGGCAGCACGAAAGUAUACAGCACUAGCGGAGUGGAAGUUCCGAGAAUUCAAUGAAUUACCCCAUAUCUUCUAUGAAAGGCUACACAUGUCCUUUCCGUUCGCAACACGGUACAUCGAUCAGUUUCCCAAGAGAAUGACGGAAGAUAUUGCCCGGAGUCUAGCAUUUAUGUCUGGGGCCAUCACUGCCGUCCUCGCCGUCUGCACAAUUCUUGACUCGGAACUCUUCCUUGGAUUUGAGAUCACCAAAGACCGGACUGUGCUCUUCUAUCUUGGAGUUUUCGGGGGAAUAUGGGCCAUAACACGAGGGAUGAUAUCCGAGGAGACGAGCGUAUUCAACCCCGAAUACGCUCUGCGGAAUGUGAUUGAGUAUACCCACUACAUGCCAGAUCAUUGGCAUGGACGACUGCAUAGUUUCGAAGUUAAGCAGGAGUUUUCAGAGCUAUACAAGAUGAAGGUGGUCAUCUUUCUCGAGGAAGUAAUGGGCAUCAUCACGACACCCAUGCUCUUGCUCUUCUCACUUCCCAUGUGCAGCGAGCAAAUUGUAGACUUCUUUCGCGAGUUCACAGUCCACGUGGACGGGCUGGGCUAUGUCUGCUCGUUUGCUAUGUUCGACUUCAAGAAAGGGGUUGGCGAAGUCGGACAGCAGCAGAGAGGCAGCCAUGACUUGCGAGAGGACUAUUAUUCCACCAAACACGGGAAAAUGGCUGCGUCAUACUUCGGAUUUUUGGACAAUUACGUCAUUAACCCAAAGACGGGUAUACCGGGCCAUAUGCCGCCUGGGAUCCGGCAACAGCAGUUUCAUCCUCCACCAGCGUUUCCCAGUCUCAACUCACCAACACUAACCGCCGACUUGCAAGGGUCCAAUGCAGGGCGGGCAGCAGAGCCUGGCCGGCCUCGAGGUCGUGCUGCGGGAUUAGGAACCAUGGGCACACUGCGGUCUGGGCCUGGUCCGGGUGUGGCGCAACCGUCGCCAAUGGCCUCGAUAUUGUUAGAUCCCCGCCACCAGCCAGUAACGACUAUGCCAAGUCUUGGGGCGAGAAGCUUGCAUCGGUCACGGCAUCCACGGACAGGCUAUCGUGGGGAGAAUCGGAUUAUUGAGGAAACCCUUGAAGACGGUCCUGCAAGCCAGGAAUUUGCUGACGAAUACGACGAUUAUGAAUCUGGGGGGGGGUUGGGAGAGUCGGCAUGGGAGACAUCGCCAGGGAAGGACCUAAGUCGAGAGAACAGCUCUGCGGCAAACGCAGAGGAGCUCGAGGCGGGUGUUUUGGGCCUGAUAUACCAGCUACGGCAGACUCAGCAUGGUCGACGAGGAGGUGUGGUGUUGUAG